AUGCCCCGCUCUUUUCUGGUGAAGAAACCCUCCAGCACCCGCAUCCCCAACUACGGCCAGCUCGACACGCGUGCUCACGAGACGGCCGGCUCGUGCGGCUCGUGCCGGGGGCUGCUGCUCUCGGUGCUCCGGCCGCCCGCCGGCUCCGCCGCCCGCCCCCGGGACCGCGGCUCCCUCUUCGCCCGCUUCCCGCUGCCCGCCGAGACCAAGGGCCCCCCCAACGCCGGCCCGGGGACCCCCCUGAAGGACAACCAGAACCUGAACCUGCCGGCGGCGCCGGGGGGGCUGCGGGGGCGGCUGCCGCCCCGCGCCCUGCCGAGCCGGCGCGCGUUCAGCUGCAAGUACUGCGAGAAGGCGUACGGCAGCCUGGGCGCCCUGAAGAUGCACAUCCGCACCCACACGCUGCCCUGCGUCUGCAGCAUCUGCGGCAAAGCCUUCUCCCGGCCCUGGCUGCUCCAGGGGCACAUCCGCACCCACACAGGAGAGAAGCCCUACGCCUGCCCCCACUGCAGCCGGGCCUUCGCCGACCGCUCCAACCUGCGCGCCCACCUCCAGACCCACUCCGACGUCAAGCGGUACCGGUGCCGCGCCUGCUCCAAGACCUUCUCCCGCAUGUCGCUGCUGGCCCGGCACGAGGACGGCGGGGGCUGCGCCGCGUCCUGA